UGGCGCCGGGACCGCACUGCCAUCUUGGGGAGGGGACACGUCAGUGUCACCGGCUACGUCAUUUCAUCGUCCGGGCCUCUGACCACUGAUUGGCACCGUGACUGCUGACGCGUCGCUUCAUCGUCGCCCGCGUGUUUGGCGGCGCCCGCUCUCUUUCCCUCGGCAGAGAAGCAGCGAUGGCGGUGCUGGCGUCUCUCGGUCCCCUGGCGCUGCUCCUGCUGGCUGGCCUUGCCUGUUGCUCAGCAGAGGCCUGUGUGGAGCCCCAGAUCAGCCCUUCAUACUAUACCACCUCAGAUGCCGUCAUCUCCACCGAGACCGUGUUCAUCGUGGAGCUCUCUCUGACCUGCAAGAACCGGGCCCAGAACAUGGCUCUCUACGCUGAUGUCAGCGGGAAGCAGUUCCCUGUCACACGUGGCCAGGACGUGGGGCGGUACCAGGUGUCCUGGAGUUUGGAGCACAAGAGCGCGCAUACAGGGACUUAUGAAGUCCGUUUUUUUGAUGAGGAGUCCUACAGCCUGCUGAGAAAGGCCCAAAGAAAUAACGAGGAUGUUUCCUCCAUCCCCCCUCUUUUCUCAGUGAAUGUUGACCAUCGGGGUACCUGGAAUGGGCCAUGGGUGUCCACAGAGGUGCUGGCCCUAGUCAUCGGCAUGGUCAUAUACUACUUGGCCUUCAGUGCCAAGAGCCACAUCCAGGCCUGAGGGGUGGCCUACCUCGUGCUUUCAAUAAACAUCUACUGGUU